AUGAAAAAUCUCGGAGGGUUGAAAUAUUUUUUAGGAAUUGAGGUUACACGAUCCAAACAGGACAUUGUCUUAUCCCAGAGAAAGUACGUGCUAGACCUGCUCACCGAAGUUGGAAUGCUAGAUUACAAACCAGCUAACACACCUGCAGUUCAAAAUCUAAAACUUGGAAAUUAUCCGGACCAGACUCUAACCAACAAGGAAGGAUACCAGAAAUUGGUGGGAAAGCGGAUAUACCUUUCUCACACGAGACCUGACAUUGCUUACGUAGUAAGUAUGGUAAGUCAGUUCAUGCAUUCACCUAGUGAAGCACACAUGGAAGCAUUAGAUAGAAUUCUCAGGUAUCUAAAGGGUUCCCCGGGAAGAGGGAUACAGUUCAGGAAAUAUGGACACCUAAAGAUCAGUGGUUAUACUGAUGUUGACUGGGCAGGAAAUGUGACAGACAGAAAGUCUAUGGCUGGCAACUUCACAUUUGUUGGAGGCAACCUAGUAACAUGGAGAAGUAAGAAACAAAAUGUGGUAGCCCUUUCCAGUGCAGAAGCUGAAAUUUGUGGCAUGUCUAAGGGAUUGUGCGAGCUAUUAUGGUUAAGAAAACUUAUGACCUAA